AUGUCUGCUCCUGUGGAUUUGGCGCAGGAGUUGCACAGCUUCUGCAAUCGUCUAGAUUCCGAUUUUGACGCUGUCAGCUCCUUUCUCGACAAAGACGUUUCAUUUAGAGAUAAGUUCACAGCCGUGAUUUCGAGGUAUAUGGACCAACCCCGGACAGCAUCUGAUUUCGAGCCCAAUCCUGAACCGACACAUGCCGCAACGGCCGUGUCUCCCUGUAAAUGCGAUGGUGAGGCAGGCUCUGGAUCAGAUGGAAAUGUACCUAGCCGCUUGCCAGCUGCCUCCGUUGAAGCUGAUCCUGGAGCUGUCAGAGGCGCGUCGCCAAAGCGCAAAUUCGUAGAGGCUGAUGGGGCUGCCGCUCCGACUAAGCGAAUGAAAGACAGCAGAGCUGGACGCAUCCCACCGAUCGUCGCCAAGAUGGAGAAAAUCGGUAGCCCAGAGACUCUCGUACGCCUGUGGGCCAGCUGCAGGGCAUCGAGGACUCGAGUCCAGAGCAUCGUCAGUGGGACGCGUCAGAUCCUGCCUGUCGAACCGGGACGUGACAUGGACGGCCCAUCUGUGUUGGAGCGACUUGAUUCCCUCAAGGAGCAAGCGGCCGCAGCGAGUUCAAGCGUUCACUUUUCCAUUGCUAUCAAGCGUUUCCAUCAUGUUCAGAUGGUGCACUUAUACAACAGGGCGAGAGACCUGGACGAGACGAUUGUCGAGGCGAUAGAACAAGGCAGCGCAUCCCAGUCGCUGGUUGACCAAUUUGCUGAGAGGCUUUUCUCCAGCGACGCGUCCGCAGUAAAGCAGGCCGGCCGGGGCGCGGACCUGAAGAGGAAGCCGCUGAAGAGCGCCUUUAACAGGUGGCUGACCCUCGGGAAUAAGCUGACCACACUCGUUGCCAGGUACGGGUGCGGGGUCCUUCUACUCCUACCGGGCAAUUUGAAGAACGAAGACAUACGACGACUGCGCGAUGAUGAUCUCCUCGCGGUGCUGGACCGGAUGGAUGCGCGACUCCGAUUGAAAGACAGCGUUCAAGCUCUCACAGAGUUGCUUCCCAGUCUGGCCACAUGGGGAAUCCUGCCUGAGCCGAGGAUUGGCCUGGAAACGUGUGCAUCUGCGUCGCAAGUUCUAACACUAGCUUCGGAGCCCAUGUUUCUCGAGAGUCUGUUGUCUUGGUGUGCUGGCGCAGUAUCCGACGCCGAACUCGCCCUGUUGACGCAGCCCGCUUGCCAUCCGGCGAUUGAAAAGCACGGCAACACAGCCGAUGUGAACGAUCUUUCAUUCCACGCCGACUAA